UUUCAUAUACCAAGGUCAUUUUAUAUAGAUUCGUAAAGCAUUUAUCACUGUUCUUGUGGAUACAGUACGGAAAGGUUCGCUGUGAUUGGCUUAUCAGUUUAUCAUAUAAACUGUUUAGUAUUAACUUAAGGUUUACCCGCAAUUGUGUUUAUCCAACCAUACUUACUAUGAUCGCCCUCGCGUGCUAUUAAACAUUAUUUUAUAUUCAAAGGAAAUAAGGAUAGCACUAAUAGUCAUAACGCAAAGUCCUCUUCGCUGAAACGAUUGUUGAUAGUAAUGCCGAUAAAAUCAAAAUACAUCCUAAGUUAAACUUAAGCUGUAUUCUAGUAACGAAAAUCGAAGUUUGGACAUGUGCUUUUUUUUGGAUAUCUAAGUGUAAACGUGUUUUAAAGUUAAAUAAAAAUGAGUAAAGAGGAAAAGCAAGAAGAAUACAAUCCGUAUGAACACAGAAAAGUUGAAAAGCCGAGUUCAGAUGUCAGAGCAACAGCGAAUAUAAUAAAAGCUUCUCUUGGUUCAGGGCUACUAGCUGGCCCUCUAGCUUUUGCUAACUCCGGAUGGGGCAUAGGGUUAUUGGGCACAUUUCUGGUCGGCCUUAUAUGCGGGCAUUGCGUUCACAUACUAGUAAAAACGUCUCGUGGUUGCUGUAAGAUAGAACGAAAACCGCAACUAACGUAUGCGGAAACAUGCAAAGCGGCAUUUCAAAAUGGACCAAAAUGUGUUCGACCAUAUGCCACGGCUGCAAGCAUUUUCGCGGAGUUUGCAAUGCUCUUAACGUACGUUGGCGUCUGCUGUAUUUACACUAUCCUCAUAUCGGACUCCAUUAAACAGUUAAUUGACAGAUACGUACCGAGUUUCAACGUGUCAGUUGAAUAUUACUGCCUUAUCACAUUAAUUCCGAUUUGUCUACUAUGCCAAAUUAAAUAUCUAAAAUGGCUGGCACUGUUCUCGAUAUUGGCUAACCUGUUCCUUUUACUGACGUAUUUGAUUUGUCUUUAUUACGUAUUUGGGGACAAGAUUACGUUUUCGGACAAGAGGGCAGUGGGCGACCCUUCGAGAUUUCCUGCAUUCAUAUCAACCGUAAUCUUCGCCAUGGAGGGUAUAGGUGUUGUGAUGCCAGUUGAAAACGCAAUGAAGAAACCCCAGCACUUCCUCGGAUUCCCAAGUGUGCUAGUGGUUGCUAUGUCUAUGAUCGUCUUCUUCUACAGCACUUUGGGCCUAUUCGGCUACCUGAGAUAUGGAGAUGUACUACGAGGAUCUAUUACUUUGAACCUUCCUAUUGAUGACUGGCCUGCAAUUUGCGCUAAAGUCUUCAUAGCAUUAUCUAUUUUCUUCACCUACCCACUGCAAUACUUCGUUGUCUAUGAUAUUUUCAAGAAAUACGCAAAUCCUUAUAUCAAGGAUAACUACCGUGGUGUUACGGAGGUGACCACUAGGACCAUUGGUGUUUGCAUAUGUGUGGGACUUGGCGUCGCCUUGCCUUUAUUAGAGCAAAUUAUAAACCUUGUUGGCGCAUGCUUCUAUUCCAUUCUAGGUCUUAUAAUUCCGGGAAUUAUAGAGACAGUUUUCAAAUGGGAAAAUCUUGGGAAGGGAAAGUGGGUUCUAUGGAAGAACAUUAUCAUUGUUAUUUUCGGCUUGGGCAGUCUGGUCUCCGGUUGCACCGUCACAAUAAUGGACAUUAUCAAAAUACAAAACAACAAAACAGAUUGAUAAGAAAAUCUAGACAAUUAUUAGAAGAUUUUAAAAAAAUAUUUUAAUUUAUUGAAUACAUUAUAAUUUAUAAGUUACU